ACUCCCCACUGCUGCCGCCUCCUCCGUCAGGUCCCGGGCCCUUCCUCACCCAAGUACCUCCAUAACCGCCAAACCAUGACCUCUGCUCUAUACAUGCAUCCAUGGUACAAGAUGCCCACCCUCAAACGCAAAGGUUCAUUCGAAUUCGAUUUUGACCACGCGUGCCAACCCCAUCAAGCCGGCGUCGAGAACCUGAGGGACCGUGAGCUCGCGUCUGGUCCUCGUGUCAAACGAAGGCGUUGUGAUAAUUUGGAGAAUGGGUUCUCUCAGUUGUCAUUGAACCCUACCGCUGUUGGUGCUGUCGUUCAACCACAGACACAACAUUUAUGGGGCGUUCCGUAUAGCGCUAACCCCUCCUACAAUGCUUUUGGCUCCACACAGUCACAACCGCAACCUCCAUCGUCUGGGGUAGACUCCGUCCUGACAGGCACGGCUCCAGACGCGCCUUCAUUAGCCACUUCAGCGUCAGGACCAUUACCACCAGCAAUACACGAGUACACGAGUAUCUCGCCACCUGACAUCUCACCUACUGCAAUUGAUACUGAAGAAUACUCCUGGUACGAGCCAGAAAAAGACCGCAUAGUCAUCACCAACUUAAAUACCACCGAACCAGACGCGUCUCCAUCCCCCUCGUCCCCCACAGGAGCAGGAAGAACAGGAGGAGACGAUGAUGAAGACUCAUUACGCGUGACUCUCCCCGCAUCCCUUCUUAGACGGUUAAACAAUCGUGACGACGUCAAUUUGCCUUCUCUCCUACGCGAAGCACCCGACUCUGACCCUAGUAAAGCCUUGGUUCUAUUCCGACCUCUUACCCUCCCGUCAGCUGAGGAGAAGGAGGAAGAAGGAACCUCUCGCACAGAGCCUUCAAUAGGUGGAGAUAUCGAACUGGAAGAGCCCGAGUAUAUGGUAGGGACCGAGGAUAUCCCCAUUAUAGAAGAGGAAGACUUGAUACCAUCGUCGUUGAUGGCCAGCGGGAACAUGGUGGACGGACUGGACAUAGAAGAGUUACAGGACGAUGAUGCUAUGGACAUAGAAUGAGACACAUUUUUUAAUCCGCUGGCAUUUGUUUCUUUUUCCACUAAUUUUGCACGAAUCUACACUAAAGCCUGAUUACUGUAUAAGAGGUUUUGCGAAAGCCCGUCGCUGAAGCUACAACAAUAUCAUAUAGGGCGGUUUUAUUAAUAACUGGGGAAUCUCAGGGACCUGCAUAGGUAACCGUCAAACCCAACGAC